UGCUCGGCUUCCAAAGAGCCACGCGACUCGGGGUGCCUUCGCUCUUUAAAAGGUGUCCCUGGAGAGGCCGGCGAGUGGCGCCGGGGGAGUGGCGAGGGGACAAAAAAAAAGUCCCCGAGAGGUCAGGAGAGAGUUCGGCUGUGUUCCUCUUGGGGACUUGGUGGCAGGCAGGCAGGAUUACCCACUUCCAGGCUCGCGCUUCCUUCCCUUCGAGCUGCGGCUCGCUUUUGCUUGCGUGCUUUCUUUCUUUCUCUGCGGAGGGAAGGAGGGGGCCUUCCUGGGACUGGCUUCCUCGGGGGUGUUUCGGCGAGAGGCUCAGCCCCAAGAUCGGGCUUCGGGGCGCCCAGCGGAGGGUCUCUCCCUCUCUCUCUCCCUCUUUCCCCCUCCCCCGCCCUUUCCCUCUCUGCCAAAAGCCAAGCCCCCUCCAGGAAGCCAUGCGCCCCCGGUGACAGACAAUGGAGGUGACGGACUCGGGCGGCGUGGUGCUGACAGCCUACCAUUCCUACGCUGCGGCUGCUUCCCGGCUGCCGGGCAAAGCGGAGCCGGACUUCGCUGGACCCAGCCGCUCGCCCCUCAGAAAAUCCCUUCCACGGUGCCAAAGAAUUAGCAGAAUGCUUUCCAGUGAAUCCUUGCGUCCUCCUGUGUACAGUCGCUCUAAUUCCCAAGCUUCCGUUGACAGCACUUCCAUGGAAGAUUUCUGGUGUGAAGUAGAGAAUAUCAAAGAAAGCACUGAAGAUAGGCCAGAUGAACAAACCCUGCUAGAAGUCAAGCCUCCUGAUGAAGGUGAAUUGGAAGCUGAAUGGUUGCAAGAUGUAGGUUUAUCAACAUUAAUAUCGGGAUCUGAAGAGGAUGAUGGAGAGGCAUUACUGUCUACCCUCACCCGAACACAAGCAGCUGCUGUGCAGAAGAGAUAUAAUACUUACACUCAAACAAUGAGAAAGAAAAAUAAGCACACAGUCAGAGAUGUGCGAGAUAUCUUUGGCAUCAAUGAUGCUUCACCUAUGUUUGAAGCCAUACCAGCAUCACCUGUUACAACCAAUGGCAUUCAACUUCCCAUACAAAAACCAGUUUGGGAAAUGCGUAGCUCAAAUAACCAUUUAGAAUAUGAAUUUGAUAAAGACAGCCAGUUGGUAAAAGAAGAACUGUCCUUUGAUAUCUCAUUCUCAGAAUCAAUGACAGUGAUUCCAAAGCAUAGAGAAUGGCAUAAAAACCAAAGGUUAAAAAAGGACGAGUCUUCUUUGCCUAACUUUACAAUCAGGAAAAGCCGAUUAGGACUGACUGCAAUUGGAGAUUUGUCUCUUGAUGACAUGAAGAAAAUUUGCUAUUUCUCUCUGAUUGAGCUGACAGCCUUCUACGAUGCUUUAGGAAUAGAGUUGAAGAGGAACCGAACAGAAAGGAUCAAGGGAAGAGAAAAUGGCCUUUUUGGAGUUCCACUGGCAGUAUUGCUGGAAAAUGACCAGAAAAAAGUUCCUGGGAUAAAAGUUCCACUCAUCUUUCAAAAACUGUUACUCAAGCUUGAAGAAACAGGCCUGGAAACAGAAGGAAUUCUUCGAGUGCCAGGAUCUGCUUCACGGGUUAAGAGUCUUCACCAAGAAAUUGAAGCAAAAUUUGAUGAAGAUGCUUUUGACUGGGAUCAAGUGCGUAACAAUGAUGCAGCAGGUCUGUUGAAGAUGUUUAUACGGGAACUUCCAAGUCCUCUCUUCACUAUGGAAUAUCUGCCUGCCUUCAUCUCAUUAGUGGAAAAAAUUUCUCAGGUCAAACUGCAGCUGCAGGCCUUGCAUUUGCUGAUCCUGUUGCUUCCUGAUGCCAGCAGGGAUGCAGCCAAGGCCCUUCUGCAGUUCUUGAAAAAAGUGGUGGCUAAUGAGAAGAAGAACAAAAUGACUUUAUGGAAUGUUUCCAUGAUUAUUGCCCCAAACCUUUUCAUCUACAAAGGCAAACGUGCAAACCAAGAAGAGAUGCAAGCAGCUGCCACCACAGCCCAUGUUGUGAGACUUUUGAUAAAAUACCAGGAUAUCCUGUGGACAGUCCCAACAUUUCUGAUUUCUCAGGUGAGAAAGAUGAAUGAGGCUACUAUUAACAAUACCAAAAAGCAGCUAAUGUUUGACAAAGGUGUACGAAGGUUGUUAAGAAGAAAAACUAUGGAACGAGAGAGACCAGAAAGAACAGAGUCUGACAUACCUGAAGGAGUGAUAAGAGUUCAUGCACCAUCACAUUCAAAAGUUUCUAUGGCAAUUCAGUUGAACAGUCAAACAAAAGCCAAAGAUAUUCUGGCACGAUUUCACUGUGAAAACAGCCGCAUCUCAUCAGAGAAGAUGAAAAUGCAAACCCAACGUUUACAUGAAAUUGGAGGAAAUAUAGGACAGCACUGUUUGGAUCCCAAUGCUUACAUGUUGGAUGUUUACCGUGCAAAUCCACAAGCAGAAUGGGUGAUUAAACCAAAAAUAAGUUGAAAUCUGUAAUGGCAUUUUGACAGAGCACUUUGGAGAAUGCCAAAGAAUGGUUGAAAAGCUCCCUUUUUGUAAGCACAUUGUUCGUGAUGAAACCAAAGUAGUGACGAAACUCAGCAAAUAUCUUCUCAAUGUGAUUUGCAACCUGUGUCUUCCAAGUGUUUCAUAGAUUUUGAGAACUUUUACUUCAGUUAAUGGUUUGCUAUAUUAAUAAUUUAUUUUGUAAUGACUACAUUUUUAACACUGGUUUUACUGCUGCCACUUUUCAACGGAUAUGAAGGAAUACAAACAGCUCUAGAACAAAAACUAGAUCACCAGUACCACUGUCACCAUCACGCCAUGUACAUUUAUUUUUACUUAAGGUGAAAUCCCAGGAGGAUAAGGACAACUACCAGUAGGAAGGAUUUUUGAAAGAAAAGAGACAGUACCAUUUAAUAUGAAGGACGGUGCCAAAAACCAUCCCUGGUCAAAGGACGUUUUAUUGUCAAAUACUUGUGACUCAGUUCAAGACAGCCAAUAAGAGGGAAAAACUACUGUGUAAAGCAUUUUUACUGUUAUUGUACUGUGCAUGUAUAUAAAUAUAUAGGUAUAAACAAUUACAUAUCAGGGUCUUAAUGGCAUUUCUCUGGAUUUAUCCAUGUCUAAAUUAAUAUGUAGCAAUUUUCACAAGUUAACGUGUGUAUUUUAUACAGUAUAUGAAUGAUUGAAAAGCCAGUGAGGUGUAUUGGUUUGAAUGUUGGACUAUAACUCUGUAGACCAGGGUUCAAAUGCCCACUUGGCCACGAAACCCAUUGGGUUACCUUGGGCAAGUUACAUUCUCUCAGCCUCAGAGAAAGGCAAUGGUAAAUAUCUCAGAAUGAAUCUGAUAAUUAACCAGUUUGCCUUAGGUCAGUUUAGGUUAGAAAUGACUUAAAGGCACACAAAAAUGAAUGAGAAUUGAUUCCAAAUACAAACUACUUUGAAAGAACUGAAAGACAGAAGUCUAAGUACUUCAUAAAAUUUGCAAAUUGUUUUUUUUAAUGAUGUUUCCCUCUAUUAUUAUACAUUCAUAGCAUGUGAAGUUUGUAAUUUCUUGUUCGAAUACAUCAUCCUUCCCCUUCUCAGA